AUACAUUGUCCCCAACACAACUUGCCCGUGUUGCGGCCCCACUUCCUUUGUCCGCAUGCAACAUCCCCCCCUGCGUCUCUCUUUUACGCCUCAAAGAAGCGUAUUCGAUUAACCUUCUCUUCCAUAUAGUUCCCUCGUACCAAAUUCACCAUAAUUUCAAAGCCAAAACAGAUGAUCAAUAAUACAUCAACACUAUAUAUAGAUAUAUAUAUGUAUAUAUAUUUGCUUCAAAUCCUCUCACCUCAAUCCGAUUACGUCGAUAUAGAUAUAUGUUCCAACGUAAUCCGUCCUGCAAAUCGCAAACUGCAGAUAACAUGAGCGCCGAUAGCAGUUGUUGCAUGGGAAAGGAAUUCUCCGAGAAGUCGGAGGUGCUCUGGUGGAUGAGCAGCGCCGGCGCGAGUGCAGCGCUCGAUCUGAGUGCUCCGGAGUCGAGUGUCGGGGCCGAUGCCGAGCACCGGAAGCUCCCGUCGUCACGUUACAAAGGGGUGGUCCCCCAGCCGAACGGCCGGUGGGGCGCCCAGAUCUACGAUCGGCACUGCCGCGUCUGGCUCGGCACAUUCGGCGACGAGGCGGCGGCCGCCCGCGCCCACGACGUCGCCGCAUUACGCUUCCGCGGCAGCGAUGCCGUCACCAACUUCAAGCCCUUAUCGGAACGCGAAGAAGGCCCAACCGCCGAGCUCGCGUUCCUCGCAGCGCAUUCGAAAGACGAGAUCGUCGACAUGCUGCGUAAGCACACUUACCUCGACGAGCUCCGACAAAGCAGGCGCAGGCACGGGCCAAAGGCGAUGACGGCGCAUUCGAGUAAUAAUUUGCUAGGGUUUGUGCGAGAGUUUUUGUUCGAUAAGGCGGUGACGCCGAGCGACGUCGGGAAGCUGAACCGGCUGGUCAUCCCGAAGCAGCACGCGGAAAGGCACUUCGCUCUGAAGAGCGAAGACAUCGCCGGAAAGGGGGUGCUGCUAAAUUUCGAGGACGGCGACGGGAAGGUGUGGCGGCUCCGGUACUCUUACUGGAAGAGUAGCGAAAGCUACGUGCUGACGAAAGGAUGGAGCCGCUUCGUGAAGGAGAAGGGUUUGAAACCCAGGGAUGUCGUCGGCUUCUGGAGGUCGUCGAGCGGACUGGAGCAGCAGCUCUACAUCGAUGUCAAACAGAGGGCUGCGAUGCCGGAAGGCGGUCGCAUCAUGCAGCCGCCGGCUGCAGUCAGGGAUGCUCAAAUGGUUAGGCUUUUUGGGGUGAACAUCUUCAAUAAUACCCGAGUCGGCGGGGGUGAAGGUCUCGACAGAGGUGGCAACGGCAGCAGCGGCGGCGGCGAUGGCGACGGCGACGGAUAUCAUAUAAGAAGCAAAGAGAUAGAGUUAUUUCCGCGGCAGCUUUUCUAUGAUGCAAGUGUACAUUUUGUUGAUGGAGGAGGAGAUCAAAGCUAUGUCGAUUAAAGAGAGAUUAAUAUUGAAGGCGAGUGGGGACUCUGUUGGAGGGGGAAGCAACUUGCAAAGGAUGUAAUAUUGCAUGUGUGUUGCUGUAGCUGCUUAAACCUGUCGUACGUGGUUGGUGACCAUGACCAAUAGUGGAUGCCUCAACCGCUGGUAUACGAUCGAUUCUUCCGGUGGUAGGUUCAGCCCUGCAUGUGUUGCAUGCCUUCUCGAUCGAGGACCAUUUACAAUGUGGAUAUAUAUAUAUAUAUAUAUAUAUAUAUAUAUAUACAAUAUAUAAUAUAUAUAAUAUAUAAUAUUCUCGUGGAUGUCUCUUUCAAAAUUUGGAUAUUUUGCGUAAAGCUUUCAUGCAGGUUUUAGUUUUAUGCAAGUUAAUUUAGACCAUUCUUUUUGCAUCAGCCCAGCCCUUUCGUGAAGUUUAUACAUUUGGGGUGUGCUAAAGGGGUUACCGAUCAUCUGUAAUAUUAAUAUUUAUAUUCAAUAUUUUCUGGCACAUGAAGACAAAAUAUUUUGAUAGGUUGAAGAAGUGAAUUUAAAUUAAAUGAAAGAAAAUUAAUAAUACUUAUAUUCUCUUUUUCUGUUAUUAUGUUAAGGAAUAUAAAAUAAUUGUUAUUUUUCAAAAGCUUUAAAUUGUUCUGUCAAUUCUUAUAUUCAAAGCAUUAUUGUUGCUUUAUUACUUUAAGCUAUGACUUUAACCGUCAAUUCAACUAGGGUGUGUCUACCGUGGGAUAUAUUUGUACUCAAAAGUAAGGACAAUUGACGGAAAAGAUUAUUGGCUUAAUUAAAAGAGCCAGCGCAUCCUAUCCUGUGGCAGGAGAUAGGGUUGGACCGAAUCACAUGUAAAAUAGUGUGCUGGUGGGUUAGGUCGAAUUAUGUUCAAUGUAACGAGAGAUUGAUUGGACUAAAUUACAAUCAAAUCCGUGGG